AUGUUGAAAGCCUGGGAAUCUUCGCCGGAACAUCUUUCUUACGAGAAAUCUAUGAGCUCUGUUUCGUCUGCAGCUUCGGCGGCUUCAAAGAGCGCCGCCGAAGCUGCAGCAUCGAACAGCGCUGCCGAAAGUUACGUUUCAGAGGUCGUCGCCUUCGUCUCCGCCAUCACCUCCGCGGCUGCUGCAGACAGCGCCGCCGCAGCCGCGGCCAUGCCCACACCCUUAUCAUGCACGUUCGGCAUGCUCUGCGACCAGACCAACUCCGAUGGCAGUGCAAGUUUUGGUUGCGGACUCGCUAUUUGGCUCGAAAACAUCGAUAACCCUUUUGACACUGACUAUAACGAGAACUACUUCUAUAAAGACGUUGACUGCGAUUCAGGCAGCCACACCGUCCAGUAUCGGGGCCGUACGUGGGAGUUCCGUUAUGUGAACAUGGGAGCCUAUGCGACUGAAUUGGGGGAGGCAUCUAUUUCGGUCCAGCAGGUUGACAAUGGUGGGAGUGUGCUGGAGAUUGCGCCGGCUGAUGGAGGGUCUAAUAACGAUGGUUCUAAUGCCGGAUUUAGUUCUAACUAUCGGAAUACGUGGUGGAGGACUGGGAUUACUUGCUAA